AUGAUGGACGGAUUUCUAACAACACAUUCAUUUCGUUUCAAUCAUUCGCCUCCUCAGUCUAAGUCUGUUAAUAUAUUACCGUAUAAAAAUCGAUUAAUUGACACUUCACUAUGGAACAAAACCUUUUGCGAACCGUUUGAACAAUCGGUCAAUUCAUCCACUUCCUCCGGUAUCUCUUCUCUAACAUCCGAUCAUGAGGAUCUUGAUGAAAUAUCAUCACUAUCUAAUUCAUCGAAGUUAAAUUGCUUUCAUUUAUCGAAAAAAAUAUCACAAAAACAACUAUCUUGUCCACAAACGCAUGUAUUAGAACCAAAACAAUCAUUAACAAAAAACUUUUUUAAAUUAAAUAAAUUUUAUCGUAGUCAAGAGCGUAUUUCAACAACAUUAUCAUUACAAACAAAUUCACAUAAAUAUUUUUAUGAUGAAUGUAACGAUAAUUCUCAGAUUGUAGUUUAUGAACGUGUAUGGAAUCUAGAAGAACAACAACAACAAUUUCGAAAAAAAUUAAACGAUUUAUCAAAUAAUACGAUUUCAUCAUUAUCAUCAUUGAAAUCAUUGUCUGUAGAUUCCGACGACACGUUUCAAUAUUCAGAUUGUCCGUAUGUAACUACAAAUGAUAUUAUCAAUCAUCAAUCUACAGUACACAAUUUAAACCGUAUUGAUGAUCAUGAAUUACUAAUGAGAGCACCAUGGUUCCAAGAAGGUCUAUCACGUGAUAUAUGUGAAGAAUAUUUAUACUUAUUUGAACCGGGCGCAUUUGUUAUUAGAAAAAGUUAUACACAUAACAAAUCCUAUGCGUUAUCAUUGAGAGUACCACGAACAGAAAAAACCUUCGUUGAACAUUAUUUAAUUGAAAAUAUAGACAAUGGAUAUCGAAUAAAGCUUUUGAAGAAAUAUACCUCGCCUCAUGAACCUCGCAAUUUUUCUCGCGGUUCAUUCACCUCUGACGAGUUGAGCAUGACUGCCAUUUUCCUAAUCAUAUUUCUGUCUACGAAAGUUAUCACAGUAGUUGCCGAUGAACAAGCGAUUAAUGGAUCUGAAAACAGUAUACCUUCUGCGAAAGAAUUGAGUAACAGUACCAAAAUAACACAAUUACAAAUCACUGCUGAUACAUCAUUAUCAGCAAAUAAUCAAUCUGUUUUAUUAUCCACUCCAGUUCAAAAUGAAACGACAACCGGUAGCAACACAACAAGUUCAUCGAAAGAUGAAUCAGAAUCAUCUAAGAGCUCGCUCCCACAAACAAUUACAAUUAAUUUAAGCGAAAAUAAUGCUACAAAUCCAGCAAGCCAAAAUCGUUCUGAUGCACACGCCACAAUUACUGAUAAUGUUGCGAUUGAAGCAUCAUCUGCAAACUCGAACAACUCAAAUUUCCACACUGAAUUCUCAUCAGUAAUCACCAGUAAUGCAAAAAACGCAUCUGAAUCGAUCUCGACGAGUGUUACCGUUAAUCAACUGCAGAAAGGUGACAAUAGUAGUGGAAAACUCACAUCUACCUCAAUCGAUUUAACGCACCCAAAAAUAGCUUUUACAAAAAAUGAUAGUAGUUUGUCUUUGAAUGUAACAUUGACUGAACAAAAUAAUACAAUGACAGAAAAAAAUUACAACAGCAUUCAUAAACAUGAAAUGGUAACACCAGUCGGUCAUACCCAACUGAAUAUUAGUUCUGAAAUCCAGGGAACGAAUAAUAAUAUGUCGGUUGAGUUUGGAGUCUCAGAAAAAGCAAACCAGAACUCGACACAAUCGACAUCAAAUACGACCGUUGAUGAUACGAGUGAAAAAUUAAAACUGAUUGAAUCGAAAACUGUUGUUAUAAGUAAUAACACCGAACAUUUAUUUAAUCAAACAAUGGAAAAACUUUAUCAUUUAGUUGAAUCUCAUUUAUCGAAUUUCAGUACAGAUUUACCUUCGUCUUCAUCUAAUGUUGUCGCUCGUAUUGUUCAUACGAUUGAAGAUGAUCAUGGUUUGACGUUAGCUACAACAAGUCAAUUGAAGAAAGGCGAAGUUCAAAUGGUUGUUGACACGGUGAAAGAUAUUUUAUAUGACAUAUUAGCACAAGGACCAGCUAUUGUUUUAAAUACAACAAUUCGAAAAUCAUUUGGGAAAGAGAAUGAGCACAUGCACGAUAAUAUUUUCAUAUCAUUUCAAAAACGCAACGAGAGUGUUCAUCGACAUUCAGAAAAUACAACGAAAUUUAAUCAAGGUCAAUUGUUAACAGCAAGAAAUAAUACUGCUUCAGUACACGUAGAUACUGAGGAUAGUGGUAAAAAAGUACUGAAAUUAGUGGAUAAUUCAGAAAUUAAUAUUUUUAAGUUUAUUGAAAUUGAAAAUUCAACGACAAGUAGUGAAUCAACAUGUAGCAUAAUAGUAAAAAUAGCUGAACAAUCUUAUUGUGCAAAACUUGAAAUUAAAGUUAGUUCCAGUCAAUCGCAAAACCAAACAGGAACAGCAAGAGAUCCUACGGAAAUUGUAACCUUAGUCAAAAUUUUACGACCGGCUAUACAUACUCUUAAUCAUGCCGUAUUCAGUCCGCCAUCAGGAAAUAUUGAACAUUCGACACAUGGUUCAGGUUCAUCAAUAAAAUCACAACAUCUGACGUCAACAGCAUCCAGUGAAGUUCCAGCAUCGUGGUUGCAAUGGUUAACAUCGACCUAUCCAGAAUCAAAACAAAGUAUGGUUUCGAAUAUAAGAACGUCACAAGCUGAUCAAUCAGAUCAAGUCAAUAUCAUUUGCUAUUAUACAAACUGGAGUCAAUAUCGAAAUGGUGCAGGAAAAUUUUAUCCAGAAAAUAUUGAUCCAACAUUGUGUACACAUAUCAUCUACGCAUUUGGUCAAAUAAAAGAUGGAGUAAUAGCCGCUUAUGAAUGGAAUGAUGAAGAUAGUGAAUGGUCCACGGGAAUGAUGUCACGUAUGAUGGCCUUAAAAAAACAGAAUCCAUCGUUAAAAGUGUUAUUGGGUGUCGGAGGAUGGAAUCAUGGAUCUGGAAAAUUUUCGGAUAUGGUACAAAAUACAACAUCGAGAAAUACGUUUGUGAGAACAGCCGUUAUCUAUCUUCAAAUGCACAAAUUUGAUGGCCUCGACCUCGAUUGGGAAUAUCCUGGCUCACGAGAUGGUUCACGACCAACUGAUAAAGUUUUUUAUACAACACUACUUCAAGAAUUGAAAAGAGCCUUUCAACCAUAUGGUUUGUUGUUGAGCGCUGCUCUGGCAGCUGGAAAGUCGACUAUUGAUGCCGGCUAUGAAAUAUCCAAUGUCUGUAACCUCUUAGAUUUAGUUAAUAUAAUGGCUUACGAUUUACAUGGUUCAUGGGAGACAAAAACAGGUAUUAAUUCUCCAUUGUUUGGCCGAAGUAGUGAAACUGGCGCGGACAAAAUACUCAAUACGGACUGGGUUAUUCAAUAUUGGAUAAGCAACGGUUGUUCACCAUCAAAAAUUAAUAUGGGUAUGGCGUUGUACGGUCGAACGUUUCGUCUCAGUAGUCCGAGCCAACACGAUAUUGGGGCACCAGCCAAUGGUGCCGGAGCAGCGGGACAGUUUACCGGUGAAGCUGGUUUUCUGUCUUAUUAUGAAAUAUGUCAGAAAUUACAACAAGGCUGGACAUCUGUCUAUGACGAAGAAUCAAAAGGAAAUUAUGCUUAUAAAAAUAGUGACUGGGUUGGCUAUGAUGAUAUGUAUACAAUUGCUUACAAAGCACAAUAUGCUCAAAAAAUGGGUCUUAAAGGACUAAUGUUCUGGGCUUUAGAUUUAGAUGAUUUUUCUGGUAGUUUCUGUAACCAAGGAAAAUAUCCGUUGAUUAAUACGGCUAUUAAAUCAAUACGUGGUAAUAGUCUAUCAUUACCAUCUAGACCCCCACUUCCGGUUCCAUCUACUACAACGUCAACACCAGCUUCUUUCUCUAUACCAAGUGGCACUAAUACUCCCACAAAGCCAUCAAGAAUUGUUUGUUACUACACGAAUUGGGCACAAUACCGACCCGGUAUUGGAAAAUUUGUACCAGAUAAUUUAGAUGUUUCAUUAUGUACGAAUAUAAUUUUUGCAUUUGCCGUAUUAAAAAAUUCUCAACUUGCUUCGUACGAGUGGAACGAUGAAGAUACGGAAUGGAGUAAAGGCAUGUACUCUCGAUUAAUUGCACUGAAAACGAACAAUCCUUCACUAAAAGUAUCUUUGGCUGUUGGUGGGUGGAAUUUUGGUAGUGGUGAAUUCAGUAACAUGGUGUCAGAUACAUCUUUGAGACAAGCAUUUGUUACACAAGCAUCCCAGUUUAUUCGUCAACACAAUUUUGAUGGUCUGGAUAUUGACUGGGAAUAUCCGGGUAGUAGAGAUGGUAGUCGACCCGGAGACAAAGCUUUAUUUAUUACCUUGUUGAAAGAAUUAAAACGAGAAUUCUCACAAUAUAAUCUGUUACUCACCGCAGCUGUUGGAGCUGGACAAAGUACGAUAUUGGCGGCUUAUGAAAUAGAAAAUAUGGCGAAAUAUUUAGAUUUUAUUAAUCUUAUGACGUAUGAUCUACACGGUGGCUCGUGGGAAUUCACCACUGGUCUUCAUACAGCAUUGUAUGCGCGACCUGAAGAAACUGGAUACGCAGCGACACUCAAUGCGGAUUGGGCUGUACGAUAUUGGAUGGCAAAUGGUAUGCCGAAAGAAAAAAUAGUUAUGGGAUUGGCUACUUAUGGAAGAACAUUCAAAUUAAACUCCACACAAACUUCGAUCGGUGCAUCGAGUUCGGGUCCGGGUGAUGCAGGAAAAUAUACGGGUGAAGCCGGAUUUUUAUCUUAUUAUGAAAUUUGUGAAAAAUUAAACAAUGGCUGGACAAAAGUGUAUGAUAGUGUACAGAAGUCAAUGUACGCCUACGGUGAUCAAAACUGGGUGGGCUAUGAUGAUGUGGAUACAAUUAAAAUACGAGCAAACUAUAUCAUGGCUAUGGGGCUUUCAGGAGCUAUGUUUUGGGCUCCAGAUCUGGAUGAUUUUAGUGGAACAUUUUGUAAUAAAGGGAAAUAUCCACUGAUGAAUAUUGUCAUUGAUACUUUCAAAUCAUCCGUAACGCCGGUUGUUGUACAACCAAUUACUAUAGCAACACCUGGCAUCGAUAUCGAUACGACUUUACCGACAAUAGCACCAGCUUCAUCAGAACCAGUAGAUUCUGUUGAUACAAAUCCGAAUCAACCCGCUUCUGCUCGAAACGGUCCUGUACUAAUGUGUUACUAUACUGCUGAACGUCUUCUGUUGGAAGAUAUUGACUCCACGCUUUGUACACAUAUUGCAUUUGCUUAUGGAAGAAUUGUGAAUAACCAACUAGUCGUUUCAAAGAAGGAUGAUGAAGGCAUCCUUCUCCAAUUGAAAAGAUUAAAAAAUACAAAUCCAGCUUUAAAAAUUGUACUCGCGCUUGGUAAAUGGACUCCGGAUUUCUUGAAUCUUAUUCGUAAUCCACAACAACGUCAAUCAUUCAAUGAAGAAGCAACGGAAUUUUUAUUAACAUAUCAAUUUGAUGGUUUAGAUAUUGAUUGGCGAAUACCAUCGGAGAGUAUUAAUCUUCUUAGAUCAAAUGAUAAAAACUUAUUAAAUAUCUGGCUUAAAGAAUUGAGAGAAAGUUUUGAUCGUCUCGAAUGGUUAUUAACAGUUAGCGUUAGUCCAGAUAAAGCUCUUAUUGAUGGGGCAUAUGAAGCGUUUGAAAUGUCAAAAUACGUGAAUUUUAUCAAUUUGAUGUCAUUUGGUUUUACUUCGUCAGCGCGUUCGAUAGUCAGUUUAAUUAGUCCAUUGUACGCUACUGCUGACCAAAUUGGCUCUAAUCGAUAUCAAAACAUUCACUGGACUGUACAAUACUGGAUAAUGAAUGGUAUGCCGUCAGACAAAAUAUCUCUUGGUUUACCGUUAUUUGGAAAGUCAUUUACAUUGUCAAAUCCAACUCUAACACAAAUUGGAUCGAUGACUACUGGUCCUGGAAAGUCUGGACAAAACUUGAAUAAACGGGGUCUACUUUCCUAUGACGAGAUUUGUCAAAAAUUACGUACUCAAAAUUGGAAACGGUCUUAUAGUCCACAAACACGUUCUCCAUUUGCAUAUAGCAACGAUGGUCAAUGGGUCAGCUAUGAAGAUAUGAAUAGUCUUCGUUUAAAAACGGAAUAUUCAAAACUUCAAAAUUUGGCUGGAGUAAGUUUGGUGUCGUUGGAUAUGGAUGAUUACACAGGUGAUUACUGCAAACAAGGCAAAUAUCCGCUUGUUCGCCAGGUUUACGACACGCUAAUGGGAAACACAGUUAAAACUAUCAAAAAACCAAAUCAAAUACCAAAAAAAGAAUUAACAACCUCAGCAAAUGUUUUCUGUGCGAUAACGAGUGCAUCACAGGAAAAUUAUGGACCAGGCAAAUUUUCACCCGCUGAUGUGAAUGCCCACCUUUGUACUCAUCUAGUUAUUGAAUCUGUUCAACUCGAUCAAAAUUUAUUAGUACCGAAUGAUCAAGAGUUCUACACAAAGAUUGUUCAAUUAAAACAGACAAAUCCAUUUUUGAAACUGAUCGUAUCAAUGAGUGAUGAUUAUCAAAUGAUAACAGAUCUUGAGUUAUUUGUCAGCUCGGCUACUAAUUAUGUACAAAAAUAUGGUUUCGAUGGACUCAUUAUAAAAUGGUCGAAUUUUGCUGAUAAUCAAAUUAUAAUCAAAGCCUUAAGGAAGUCCUUUGUUGAUCAAAAUUUGUUGCUCAUGAUGUCAGUAGCAACAUCAAUUAGCAAAGAGUCAGCUGCCAGUAUUUUCACUCAAGUAUUGAGUUUACAAGCGUAUAUCGAUUAUCUUAUCGUAUUGCCUGUUGAUUAUUCUGACGUUAUGAACGCCACAGUUGCAGAAGCAUGGAAUGGAAUUACCUCAUUAUCGUCAAGUGACAGAUCUGAUACAUCAAUGACAAUGGAAUCUAUGGUCAAAUUGCUCUUAUCAAGUGGUCUUUCGAGAGAAAAAUUGAUUUUAUCAAUACCGACUUAUGGAAUAUCGUAUAAGCUAGCUGAUUCAUCGAAGUUUAAUUUUGGAGAUAGAGUUAUAUCGGCAGGUGAACCAGGACAAUAUACUCAUACAUUGGGCAAGUUGGCUUAUUAUGAGAUUUGUGACAGAAUAAUUGAACAAGGUUGGCAGCAGGUAUUAAGUGGUCAGAAACUAGCAUUAUUUGCUCACAAAGACGAUAAUUGGGUGACGUAUGAUAAUACUGAUACAAUUAGUUUUAAUUCUCACUAUUUAAAUGGAACUGUUGCAUUAAAAGCACGUUAUAUUAGAGAAAAUAAAUUGAGUGGUGCUCUCAUUUAUCCAAUGGAUUUAGAUGAUUUUAGUGGACAAUUUUGUCAGCAAGGCAAAUAUCCUAUAACAUCAACGGUAUUCAAUAUUUUAUCAGAAGUAACCCAUCCAACUGAAAAUGUUCAAACAACAGCAACAACAACAACGACAACUCAGCCUGGUAUCAAUUUAUGUUCAGGAAAAGAAGAUCUCAUACCAGAUAUACUCGAUUGUCGAUUUUAUUAUGUUUGUUUAACGAAAUCAUCGAAACCAGUUGCUCAUCUUCAAUGUCCGAGUAAUAUGUUUUUUUCUCCAGCUGCUAAAGCUUGUAUAGAAUCAGAUUUCGUAAGUACGAUGGUUACGUUCUCACACUUAGUAAAAAAGUUUGUUCUUUUUGUUGUAGCCAUGUAG